AUGUUUGAUGGAGAAAGCAAAAAUAGAAGAAUUAAUUUGAGCGGGAAAAAAAAUGUUAUACUUAAUAAAAACACAUUUAUUGAAAAGGCUCGAAAAGAAAAAGAAAUAAAUUUAGCAUAUAAUAAAAGAAAAAAUGCUUUCAAAGUUAUAAGUACUUAUGUCCAAUAUAAAGAAAAUGUAUCAAAACGACAAAAUGAAAUUUAUACCAAUCUAUUAAAAAGAGUUAAUGAUGUGAUAUUGUUAGAAAAGAUUGUUUCACCAACGAUAUAUACCCAAGCUUUAGAAAUUUGUUUAUAUGAAUUUUCCUUCCAAUCAUGUUUUAUAUAUUCAAAAUGGAGAUGUUAUAAUUAUUAUAAAUGUAUGAAUUUUGAAGGAAUAUAUGAUCCUAUAAAAAUUUUGUUAGACAUAAUAAAACUGCAUAAUAAAUUGAGCUUACUGAAAAAUGUUAACUAUAAAAGUAGCGAUUUAUUAAAUUCAGAAAUAUAUGAACAAAAUUUGAGACCAAAAAAAUCUAACAUAAACUUGUUGACAGAAUCGGGUGAUAAUAAUAAUCAAGAGAAAAAUGUAAAUGUUGAAAAAAACAAAAUGUAUUAUAGACACAAUAAAGAAAUAGAUAUUUUGGUGAAUCAUUUAGAUAUUUUGAUUGGAAAUUAUUAUACAUAUAAUUUAAAUAUAUAUUAUGAAUAUUAUAAAGAUGAUAAAAUAAAUAAAAAAUCCCAAUUUUCAAUGACAAAAAAUAGUAUGAAAAGAACUAUUCAACAAGUUUCAAAUUCUGAACAAAUAAAUGAGAAUCAAUUAAAUAUUCGAACUAGCCAAAAUAGUGAUAAUUUUAUAAGAGUACAAGAGUAUAUACAUUGUCAUAUAGAUGUAUAUGAAAGUAAUAUGAUACAUAUUUAUUAUUUAUAUAAUUUUAUUUUAAAUAAUCAAUUUAUUGAAGAAUUAGGAAAUAGAAUGGUAAAUGCUUCUAACAAUUUUAAAAAUGUUGGUAAAGAAAAAAUAGUAGAAUCAAUUAAAAAAAUAUCUAACUAUAUAAUUUUAACAAUAGAUGGAUUAAUUACAAUCAUUAAACAUGUUCUAAUAUUUUGGAAUAAGGAUAUAGAACUCCCAUUAUUUUGUGAAUCUAAAACUAAACUACUAGUAUAUGUAUGCGAUCUAAUAUAUAUUUAUUUUUAUAUUUUAAAAAUACAAGGAAAUAAAUUAAACAGUAACUAUGUAAAUGAUUUAAAAAAUAAAAUAAAUAUAUUAUUAGAUUUUGUAUUGUUAUAUAUAGCUCGAACAAAUACAUGUUACAAUUAUUACUAUAUUUUUAUAUCACUAUUUAAAUAUAACAUUUUUGAAUUAUUUGCAUCUAAAAUAGAUGUGAAAGAUGAAUUAGUAAAGUUUAAAAAACUCUUAAUAUUAGUAAUGAAAAAAUUUUUAAUAAUAGACACAAAUAUAAUGAAGAAUAUUGUUUAUAAUUUUGAAAAUCAUAUUAUACGAAUCUAUUCAAAAAAAAGUAUAAUAUAUAACCAAGAAACAUAUGAUAAAAAAAAUAUUUCAGGAAUUAAUAUAUUUAAAAAUGUUCUUUUAUUUAUUUAUACAAAUAAAGAAAUAAUGAAUGAUAAUAUAAUAGAUUUAUUAUUAGAGAUAUACAUGUUUUUGCCAUUUGGUCAUCAUCCAUAUAUAUAUACUGUUUCAGAUUAUGAUGCAUUAAAAAAAGAAAAUGAAAAUCGAUCCGAUAUUUUAUCUACGGAUAAUUAUACCCAGAACCAAUCAAAAAAUGAUAUAAAAUUUUUAGAUGUAAAAACAAACAAAGAAAAUGAACCAAUAUUACAUUUUCUACAAAAUAAAGAAAAAAAAGUAGAUAAAAUAGGUUUAGGAUAUUUUUAUAAUAAGAAUAUAAUAGAAUCAUUAAUAGAUAUAUGCAAAAGAUAUUGUUUUAUGAAAUUAGACAGUUUAUUAUUUUUGUUGAUUCCAUUUAGAAGUAUACAUAUAGAUGUAUUUAAAAUGUAUAGGAACUAUUAUGAUUAUAUUAAAAAUAUAAAAAAUGAUAAAAAUAGAGAAAAUUAUGUUAAAAUAUAUGGAGAUAUUUAUGAUAAUAAAAAGAAUUCUAUACCAAUUGAUGGAAUCAAUUUUAUUCAAUAUUCUAAAGAAAAUAUAAAAACAGAAAAAAAUAAUGCAUCUAACAUCUUUAAUAAUAAUUUUGUAAAUAUAAGAACUAACAUUAAUAAUAAAAAUAUAUAUAACAUUACAAAUUCGAAUAUAGAAUCUAUUACACAAAAUAAAGUUUCUAAUUUUGAAAAUAACAGUUUUCAGUAUUAUGAUAAAGAUUAUUUUUUUUCUCCUAACAAUUUAGUAGAAUUACAAAAAAAAAAAGAUAUCAUAAAUAACAAAAUAUUAAUAAAAAUAAAAAAAAUAUUAGUACAAAAUAAUAUACAUAUAUAUUUAAUAAAAAAAAUAUAUUUAUCAUGGAUGAAAAAUAAAAAAAAUGGAAAAACAGAUAAUGAUUUUUUGAAAAAUUUAUAUGACUUUCCAUAUUUUGAUAAUAAUAAAAUGGUGAUAUAUUUAACUUCUUUUUGUAUUCUUUUUUAUUAUUAUAUUAUCACAAAUAUGUAUAAUAAAUUAAUUGAUAUAAAUAAUUUUAAAUAUAGCAAAACAUUUAUGCUAACCCCACCAUUUAAACAAAUUUGUAAAUUAUUAAUAUUGUCUCUUUGGAUCAUUUUAAAGAAAACGAUAAAUACAAUAAGUAUCGAAUUAGAAAAUAUGUAUAUCAACCAAGAUUUGAAACAAAUAGAAGAAUUAACGGAUGAUCUAUCAUAUGAUGAUAUAUAUAAUGAUGAAGAUGAACAAUAUGAGAAUGAAUGUGAAAAAAAGGAACAAAAUGAGAUAGAUUAUGUUGAUAAAAUAGAUGUUAGUGAAACUGAGACGUUGCACCGAGAUUUUAUAACAAAUAUAUCUUAUUUUAGUGCACUAAAUGAUCAAAUAAAAAUAGAACAUACCCAAGUAGAAAAUGAAACAAUCAAAAGUUAUGAUAAUGUAAAUAAUAGACAAACGGAUUCUAUCCAAUGUUUAAAUUGUAAUAUUGAAAGUAUUUUAAAAUGGUUCACCGAUUUAGAGAUAAACAGUUUGCCAUUUGACGAAAAUAUCACAUAUUGCAACAGUUGCAAAACCGACAAAAAUACCAAUUUAGACACAUUUUGUGAAAAAAAAGUGAAUAACGAAACGGCGAGCAACUUAAUAAAUGGCAUACAUAGCAGUGAACAAAAUUUAAUGGGAAAUUCGCCAAAAAGCAAAUUAUAUAAUAUAAAUUGUAAUCGAAAUAAAAAAGAGUCAACAUAUACACAUACCAUGAUAAAUUAUUAUUUAUAUAAUAGUGAAAAAAGAGGAAUCAAUUAUAUAUUACCAAAAAUAAUUAAAAAAAUAUAUGAAAUAAAUAAAUAUUUAGAAUUAUUUAAUGACGAUUUUUUUGUAAUCAAAGAUACAUAUAACUUGUUAAAAAAUCGAUUUAAUAUAAUUAAUGAAAGUAAUAAUAUAAAUUAUAAUAAUAAUAAUAAUUAUGAUGAAGAUUUGUCAUUAUUUUUAGAAAAAAAUGAUAUAUAUAUAAAUAAAAAUAUAAAAUAUGUAACUAUAUUAGCUAAUUAUUUAUUAAGACGUUGCCCAUAUACCCUACCUUUCCAAGAUCGUUUAUUAAUUUUUUAUAAUCUUCGAAAUAAAAGUAAAGAAUCAAUACGUGAUGAUACAAGAUAUAAUCUUUUAGAACGAAAAUAUAAUUAUAUAAGACGAACAAAUAUAUUUGAAGAUGGGUUUAUAACUCUAAAUAAUUUAAGUUCAGUAAAUUUAAGACAAAAUAUAAGAAUUGCUUUUAAAGAUCAAAAUGGAAAUGAUGAAACUGGAAUAGAUGGUGGUGGAUUAUUUAAAGAAUUUAUAUUACUUUUGUGUCGAGAAAUUUUUCAUAAUAAAUUUAUUUUAUUUCAAUAUGCACAAAAUAAUACAUUAUUUCCUAAACAAUAUAAAAAAAAUGAUAAUCUAAUUUUAUAUGAAUUUUCUGGAAAAAUUGUAGGAAAAGCUAUAUAUGAAAGAAUACUAAUAGAAUCAGUAUUUAACACUUUAUUUUUAAAUUUAUUAUUAUAUAAUGAAAUAAAUAUAAAUGAUAUAUAUUUUUUUGAUAAAGAGCUUUUUAAUAGUUUAUUAUAUAUUCAAAAUACAGAUGAUGUUGAAAAUUUAGCAUUAACAUUUUGUGUAUAUGAAAAUAAAAAUCCGGAUUUUUUGAAUCUAUCACAAUAUAAUGAAAUUAAAAAUUAUUUUAUUAAUUUAACUAAAAAUAGUAAAAAUUAUGAUAAUAUAAAUAGUCAAAAUGGAUUUAAUAAUUCACUUUCAUUUUUUCAUGAUAAUCAAAAUUUAUAUAAUAAUAAUGUUAACACAUUUUUUAAUAUAAUUGACAAUUUAGAUGUACUAAUAAAUACAAUCGAUCAAAAUAUAUCAACGAUUUCUAGAAACGAAGUUUAUUUGAAUUCUAUUCCAUUUCGGGGAUCUAGAAGUAGUGGUUCUAUAAAUGAAAAUCAAAACAUGUUACAGAAUAAUACUCUCAUUUCAUCGAUUUCGGGUGGAUACAUAAAUACGAUGGCCAACAGAGUGGGAGAAGCGGACGAAGCGAAAGAAGUGGACGAAGCGGACGAAGCGAAAGAAGUGGACGAAGUGGACGAAUUUGAUUGCAUCGAUUUAAUACCAAAUGGAAGAAAUAUAAAUGUUAAUAAUGAAAAUAAAGAAUUAUAUAUAAAGUUAUAUAUAGAUUAUAAAUAUAAUAAAUUAAUACAAAAAAAAACCCAGCAUUUUUUAAAAGGGUUAUCACAAUUAAUACCUGUAAAAUGGCUUAAACUGUUUAGUGCCCAUGAAUUAAAAAUAUUAAUAUCAGGUAAUGAUAAAUGUUUUGAUGUGAAUGAUUUACGAAAUAAUGUAACAUAUAGUGGUGGAUAUAAUGAAAAUAGUAAAACUAUUAUAAAUUUAUUUGAAAUAUUAAAUAAUUUUACUCCAAAUGAAAAAAGUUUAUUUCUUAUAUUUGUAACAAGCUGUUCAAGAUCACCAUUAUUAGGAUUUAAAGAAUUGUAUCCGAAAUUUUGUAUAGCUAGAGUACCAGAUAAUACAAGACUACCAACUUCUUCAACAUGCGUUAAUUUAUUAAAAUUACCUGACUAUGAAACAAAAGAAAUACUUUACCAAAAUUUAAUAACAGCAAUUAAUGGAACACAAGGAUUUGAUUUAAGCUAA